AUGCUGUUCUCCAGCUCUGAAUCGAGUAUCUUUAGUGAGACUGAUUAUGAUGGAAGUAGUGAAGAAGAAUAUAAAAGCUCGAACGCAGAAGAAAGUCUAAAAAAUGUGAAGAUUUACAAUAAAAUAAUAAUUAAAUUAUUUUUAAAGAAUAGAAAAUAUUAUGAACAAGUCAGAAAUAUAGCACUGAAUUAUAUCGGUAAAAUAGAAGAUGUUCAUUUUUCCAAUGUUCAAAAUAGUGACCAAGAGAUAAUUGAGCAUAUAUAUAAUUUUUAUUUUGACACAUAUGAUAUAAUUGAAUAUGGGGAAAAUAAAUUGAUAUAUUAUAUGCAAAAUAAUUUUCAUAAAUUCAUUGACGUAAUAGAUAAUUACUCCAUUCCGUUUUUCUUUAGACUUAUUUUUCUCAGUUGCUACUUUGAAUUUCUGCACAAUAAAGAGGCAAAAAGUAAUCAACUUAAGGGUGUAUCUUCUAAGACUCGAAAGUACCAUCUUAACGUUGACUCUGAUGCAAGGAAGAAAGGGGCAGCGUUUACAAUUGCAGGUAACGAGUACAUAGAGGGAGACGAAUCUGUAGUGGAUAGCGAGUACAUGAAGGGUAACAACUCUGUAGCGGAUAGCGAGUACAUGAAGGGUAACAACUCUGUAGCGGAUAGCGAGUACAUGAAGGGUAACAACUCUGUAGUGGAUAGCGAGUGCAUGAAGGGUAACUAUUAUGUAAGGGGAGAUGACUCCGUAAUUGGCAACGACUCUGUGACUAGCAUCAGCUGUUACAUUGGAACGGGUAAUCUGUUAGCAAGGAAGGAACGGAAAAGCGGAGAAGAGGAGAAAGAUAUAGAAGAGGAAAAUUGCUAUAAAAAGGAAAACGCUCAAGAUGACAGUGGCAUAGAAGAGAGAAGCGGACAGAGUGACGAUCCUAAGGAUGACCACAACAACGAACGUAGCAACGAACGAAGCAACGACAACAGCAGUGAUAACAGCAACGAUACCAGCAACGAUACCAGCAACGAUACCAGCAACGAUACCAGCAACGAUACCAGCAACAACAACAGCAACGAUACCAGCAACAACAACAGCAACGAUACCAGCAACAACAACAACAACGAUACCAGCAACAACAACAGCAACGAUAACAGCAACGAUCAAGAGUACCACUCUAACGGAGCGACAAAGGGGGAAAAGGAAAAAUGGCUGUUUUGUGAUUUCAUAGAGUACAAUUUUGGAAAGGACAAAAAGUUCAUGGAGGAGAUAGAUUUUUACAGUGCGUGUCUUAUUAAGGGUAUUUUAUAUUCAUAUAAGAAUUAUUCUUUUUUUAAAGAUGUCAAUAUAAAAAUGAAAAUAAAUAAUUGUUUGAAAAUGAUUUUUGAUAAACAUAAUAUAAAAAUUAAGUGUAGAAUAAUUAAUGUUCCUUAUCUACAUGACAUACAUAUUAGUGACAUACAAGAGAUAGAAAGUAAGCAUAUAGGAAAAUUUAUAAGCACAGAAGGAAUAAUUACAAGAGUAGGGGAAAAGAAAAUAUUAGAAGAGUAUAAAAAAUUUAGAUGUAUGAAAUGUGAUCAUAUAAUUAAAAAAAAAGCCAUUCCUGAGUUGUACUAUAAUACUCAUACGAUAUUGAAAUGUCAUAAUAUUCAAAUAGAUACAAAUAUCCCCCCAUAUUACGAAGGGGGCUAUUUGUUAAACCAAAUUACAAAAGAGGAGACUAACUCCCAAGGUAGUUACACCAUGAAGGACUCUGUUAAGGGUAGUAGGAAGAUAUGCACAAAGGGAAGGAGUAGGAAAAAGGAAUGGGCUAACACAAGCGGUAGCGCGAUUGGCAAUGCAGGUUAUCACACGUAUGACAAUGCAGAUGUUUACGCGAGGAGCUUCAAAAAAAGCCUGACGAAGCUCAAUGACCCUCGUAACGGCAUGCCUAACCAGAGCAGUGGUAAGAAGCUAUACUCCGAGAAAAGGUGCAAUGGGACAAAUUUCGAAUUUCUGGAAAGCGAAGUUAAAAGAGUUGACUAUCAAGAAAUAAAAAUAAAAGACACAAGAAAAACAAAUAUCCCUUAUUCAAUUACUGUAGUACUUUUAGAAAAUUUAGCGGGGAAAUAUCAUCCAGGGAAAAAGGUAGUUAUAAAUGGUAUAAUCUUAAGGAGAUGGAAAAGGUUAUAUAAAGAUGUGCGGUGUGAUGCUGAGCUUUUUAUUGAAGCUAAUAAUGUUGAAUGUAAAGAGAUGGGAAAUACAAAAUGUAAAGAAAUUUCAUUAGAUGAUGAUUUUGCUAAAUAUAUAAACAACAUAAUGAAUAAGACCUGUGCACGUGUUGAGUCUCUCAUGGAUGAUGACAAAAACUGCAUUAAUGAAAAUAAAAACUAUAUUAACGAACAUAAAAACAAAGGAGAGAAUAACAACAUAAAAAGUGGGUUACAAGGUAAGGACUUUUUCCCAAGCGAUGGUAUAGAAGAGAAAGACAAAAAACAUACUCCUCUUACUCCACCUAUGUAUCAUAAAAAAAAUUUACAAAGAUGUAACAGCACAAACCAGGAUAAGGAUGUAGACGAUUUUUUACGUCCACUUCCAUCUAAUAUAAGCGCAGAAAAGUAUGAGUCAAACAGGACCACAUGUUAUGACUCUUCGAUAAACACUCUCCAAAUGAAUUUCUUUGAACAGUACUGGUUUAUUUUUAAACAUAAGAAAAUGGAAGGAAAAAGGUUUAUAUGUGAAAGUUUAUGCCCUAAUCUGUAUAAUUGCAAAUUAUCCAAAAUGUCAGUGUUACUUGUUCUAAUAGGUGGCAAUGAAAUAAAUGAGAAUGAUUCUGUUUACAAUGAAAGUAAUAAGUGGAAAAAGUAUUUCAAUAGAGAUAAAGAAAGAGAGGGAAAAAAAGUUUCUCAAAGAGAGCAUGAAGUCUCAUCUUCUCACAAACGUGUGAACAUGGAUAAGUCUGGAAAUAUCGUUACAAGGAAAGGUCUAAACUGUGGAGGUGGGGGCAGUAGCGUCGGUGAUAGCCUGGAUGACAGUGUUAGUGAUAGCAUAGAUGCAAGUAUCGAUGGUAGAAAUGAAUACAUUAAUGAAGGAAGAAGCAAAAAAAAUAAUGGGAAAAGUAGCGAACGCAGUAAUGGGCGAAGAAGUGGGGGUAAAGGUAAGAUAAGAAAAAGAAGAAGUAGGGAGAAACAUAAAAGAAAGAGGGACACACAUUUUUCGUCAGAAAACUGCGGCAGAAGGGCAUUGUGUCACUUACUGUUGGUUGGAGAUCCAGGGACAGGAAAAUCACAGUUAUUAAAAGAAGUGCAUAAAAUAAGCAACAUUUGCAUGAACGUGUCAGGUAUGUUUUGUACUACUGCUGGAUUAACAUGUGCAGCUAUAAAGGAGGGAAAUAAUUUUAUGUUAGAAAGUGGAGCGUUAGUAUUAGCAGACAAUGGAGUUUGUUGUAUUGACGAAUUUUGUUUAAUGAAAAAUGAAAAUAAAAAUGCUAUACACGAAGCUAUGGAACAAUUAACCAUAUCCGUAGCAAAAGGUGGUAUAGUGGAUAAAUUGAACUGUAAAUGUACUAUUAUCGGUGCAUCUAAUUUUGAGUUACAUAAAAACAUUAAAGGAAAUUUAGCUACUUCUAAUAGUAAAGUGCUUAUUAUUAAUCUUUCUUAUGCUUUACUAAGUAGAUUUGACUUAGUUGUUAUAACAGAGGAUAAUAAUGAAAUGGAUUCCAAAAUUGCCGAUCAUAUCUUGGAUAGAGAUUCUGAAGAGAAUGUGUCUUAUAAUGGUCUCGUAAAAGAAAAGGGCCUUAUAAAUGAUGGCAAAGGACAAAGGCACAGACGAAUAGAACGCGCAAUGGAGCAAGAAAUGAAAGAACAAUAUCUUGGUGCAUCGGCACAAGAAAAAGAGCUGGAAGGAGUUCUGGAAGAGGUGCACGAGGAUAUGCUGGAAGAGGGGCAGGAUGAGAUGCUGGGUGAAGGGCAGGAUGAAACACAUGUUAAUGUACACAUUCAGAACAGGCGAGAGAAGCAAUAUGCUUGCAAAAUGAGUAAAAGGGGUAGCUCCUCGAGAGUACUACAUCCCACAAAUAAUGGCCCAAGAUGGCACCCGUAUGUCCCUAAUACUAUCAACGCCCCUAAUACUAUCAAUGCCCCUAAUACUAUCAACGCCCCUAAUACUAUCAAUGCCCCUAAUACUAUCAACGCCCCUAAUACUAUCAAUGCCCCUAAUACUGCCAAUGCCAUUAACAGUAGUAAUCGUUUCUCGCCACAAUGUGAGGAUGACAAAAUUUCGUGGUCCAGUGAAAAAUUGAAGGAAUACAUAUAUUAUGUUAAAACUAAUUGUUUUCCAAAUUUUAAUAAAAACUCUAAGCUAAUAUUAAUUAAGUACUAUACUAAAUUGAGAGAGUAUAACGAUGGAGAUAAUGGAACAACAGUUCGAACUCUAGAAAGUUUAAUACGGCUAAGUGAAGCACACUCUAAAUUGAUGCAUAAUAAUAUUGUUACUUUGGAUGAUGUAAUGAAUAUUAUUUUAUUAGUUGAGCUAAGUUUACGGGGGUAUAAAAUAGCUAUUAAAACCAUUUCAAAUAAUAUACUUAUAGCUAGAACAGGGAUACUUGAAAAUCUAGCUGAUUUAUUAUUAUUAUAUAAUAACAUGCAUAAAACUUUCUAUUCCUUAGAUGACGUUCUUUUUUAUAAAUCCUUAUAUCUUUAUUUUAAAAACAUCAUUAUGAAUAAAUUAAAUUUGGUUGAACAAAAUGGAAUUAUAUACACAGUCGUUUAG